CUCUUUUCAAUUCACACCUCACAAAUUUUCAAAUCUUUUAUCACUUCAGUUCCCCCAAUUCGUAUGGUCAUUUUAUUAACUCACCAUGAAAUUCCUUCACUCCCCUUCAUCAACUUCUUCUUCUUCAACACCCGAACCCCGUCUCAAUUCCGCCACCAACGGCUGUUUCCCGACCCUCUUACGUCGCCUUCUCGGCUUCAACACCUUUCAAACUCUCCCUUUUGACCAUCAUAUUAAAGAAUUCAGUUCAAGUAAUGAGUUUGAGGAUAAGGGCAAUCCUGGAAUUGUGGCUAAACUUAUGGGGUUGGAUUCGAUGCCAACUGAAUUGGGGUUUAAGAAAAAGGGUAGGAAUGUUCAUAAAGCACCGAGCUUUAUUGAGCUCGAAAACGAUAAGUUUAUCAUUCUUAGCUUUGAAGGGGGUGGAAAAGAUAAGGAACUGGGGUUGUUAAAUUGUUCAAAAACCCGAAAGAGUUUGAUUGAAAUUAAGGAGAAAUCAAGAAAUCAAGAAAAGCCCAUUUGUCAAAGUAUAGUGAAUGAUGGUGAAGUUAUGAAUUCGUUUAAAUUGCUCGAUAAAAAGUGUGUUAAAAGUGAAAAAUCAGUGAAGAAAAUGGUUGAGAAAGAUGAGUUGGAGUGUGAUUCUGAAAAUUCAAGUCCUGUUUCUGUUCUUGAAUUUCAAGAUUAUCAACAUGGUUCACAUUCGGUAACAGAAGACUCAAUUUUGAAGAAUUUGAAUUCAAGAAGGAAAUUGGGAGCAGAUCUUGACAAAAAUGCACCACCUUCUCCAACAAUUGGCUACAAUUUAGUGGAUUAUGGCAUCGAAUCAAGUAGAAAUGGUCAACGAUAUGUUUUACCAAAGACUAGUGGUUUCAGGAUUGGGGAUUUUAAGGAAUUGUGGGAGGAAAUUUGCAUAAUGGCGGAAAGAGAUAUGAUGGAUUCGAGUAGACUGGAAAGAGAAAGAUGGAAAGGUGAAGAUCUUGAAGAGAUUGGUGUGAGUCUUGAGUUGGAAAUUCUUGAUCAGUUGAUACUUGAGUUAUCCACCAUCACAUGAAAACAAUUUUGGUUUGCAAUACUACUUAGUUUUUAUUGUUUUCGUUACAAAUACAUGUGAAAUCGCAUAUGAAACUGAGUAAACAUCUAACAGA